AUGCCACAACAGAAAGCCUCUCGAGCGAAGGCUCCGCCGCCAGCAGCUGACUACAAGGCCAUUGCCGAGCAGUUCGCUAAGGCGAAGCGUCAAAAAGAAAUCGAAGAGGCCAAUAGAUCGCCCGAGGAGAUACAGGCCGAGAAGGAGAGGGCUGUGCUGCUCGAGAAGCAGCGCGAGGUCUUCGAGUCCCGGCGCAAGGACGCGUACGAGCGCAGGUGGUGGUGGACCGUCGGGUUCUGGGCCUGGAUACUGUGCCUGCACGUCGUCGGCAUUGCUUUCUUUACCAGCGGGUUCCUUCUGACGCGUUUGGUUCUGGACGAGAAGUCCAACUGCACGGCGCCGCCGAUUGAGCUCUCGUCGAGCUGGAAGGGUCAGGGCACGGUCGAAGGAGGCUGCUGGCAUCCCAAGUCCUUCGACAAGGCGGUGGUUAUCAUUGUCGACGCCUUGCGAUACGAUUUCACGGUCCCCGUCGACGACCAGGCCCCCUACCACAAUGCGCUUCCCUUCUUGCACGAGACCGCCGUCAAGUCCCCGGAGCACGCCUUCUUGCGCCCCUUUAUCGCGGACCCGCCGACGACUACGCUCCAGCGUUUGAAGGGUCUAACCACGGGUACACUGCCAACGUUCAUCGACGCUGGUAGCAAUUUUGCUGGUACUGCCAUCGAGGAGGAUAACUUGCUUAUGCAACUAAAGGACGCCGGAAAGCGCAUUGCUCACCUCGGCGACGAUACUUGGUGGUCUGUCUUCCCCGGCUACUUCGAGGCCAACGUGAGCCGUGCGUACGAUAGUUUCAAUGUUUGGGAUCUGCACACGGUGGAUAAUGGUGUCAUCGACCACAUCUUCCCUUUACUCAAGCAGGAGCAGAAGGGCAAGUGGGACGUUCUCAUUGGUCAUCUGCUUGGCGUUGAUCAUGCCGGACACCGAUAUGGACCGGACCACGCGGCAAUGAGAGAGAAGCUUCAACAAAUGGAUAGUUUUAUCCGCGAUCUCGUUGCACAAAUCGACGACGACACUCUUUUGGUCGUCAUGGGAGAUCAUGGCAUGGAUGCAAAGGGCGAUCACGGCGGAGAGAGCGAUGACGAGGUUGAGGCGGCUCUGUGGAUGUAUUCCAAACGCCCGUUCUUCGGUCGGACGAAGCCCGAGUUUAAGGAGCCCCCUACGAUGGCCAAGAUCAGGCCAGUCAAUCAGAUCGAUCUCGUCCCGACUCUGGCACUGCUGCUAGGCCUUCCCAUUCCUUACAAUAAUCUGGGAGGCCCCAUUGAGGAGGCUUUCGCUGGCAAGAAGGGUAAAGCCUGGGACAACCUCGCAUCUGUGUCUCGUAUGACUGCCGCUGGCAUUCAGCGAUACCAAGACUCGUACUUUGCUGCUCGUGGUAUUGACCAGUCCAAGAGCGCCACCGCUGGCCAUGUGUCGCAUCUCUGGAGGAAGGCCGAACGCUCGUGGCAGUGGAAGUCAUGGCAGGACUCCUACGGCUUCUUCAAUAUGUUCCAGGAGGAGACGCUGCGCAUCUGCAAGGACUUGUGGGCUCGCUUUGACGUGCCCAAGAUGGUGACGGGCAUUGUGGUCAUGGCUGUUGGUGUCGUCACGUUGCUUGUGUAUGCCUCCCGCGAUGCGGAUGAGGACUUUGCCGUUCUCGACGACCUCGAGCUCGACCUGGCGGAGAAGAAGUUGGAGCUCCAGGGUGUCCAGGCUGACGCUGCCACUUCGUAUAAGACCCUCCACAAAAAGGUUUUCCUUACUGCCAUUCUCGGCGCAGUUCCCGGAGCAGCACUCGGUGCCGGAUACUCCAUCUUCACCGGGCCUGAGGAUCUCGUUUACGCUGUCGCCGGCGCCGCUGUAACCAGCGCGGUUGGUGUACUGGUUUCGCUGUACGGCUUCGGUAAGACUUUCCGGAACCUUCUGCCCAACACCGUCUGGGGUUGGCUUGCUGUCACCUUCACGCUUAGCCAGUCACUCGGUUUCGCUUCCAAUUCCUACACCAUCUGGGAGGACUCGAUUCUCCUGUUCUUCAUCACAACCUUUGGCGUGGCCAACAUCUUUGCCGCAUUCUCCGUGCCAACAAUGAGGGAGCGCACCCUUGCGAUCUACCACUCGGUUCUCUUUGUCGUUCUUGGCAGAAUGGCAUCAUUCUCGAAGCUCUGCCGUGAAGAGCAGAUGCCCUACUGCACAUCUACCUACUACGCUUCGGCCACUUCUUCGACCUCUGCCACGUGGCAGUUGGUCAUUCCAUUCGCCGUCGCCCUUAUUCUGCCAUCCAUCAUCAAGUCCUUCCUCUUGCCCACACGCUCCUGGGAGGGACUUGCCCCGGCGUGGAUUGAGUAUGUCUACCGCAUCGGUCUACUGAUGUCGGCCACCUACUGGGUCCUCGAUGCUGCAGACAAUGGAGAGUGGUUCCCAAGCCUGCCGGAUAAGACCCUCAAGACUGCUGGAGUUUAUCUGGCCCAAGUCAUUCUUGCCUUAGUUUUCGUCGCCGGAACCACUGCGUUCGUCUGGGCGCCGCCGUUGGUAUCUAUCCUGACGACGCCGACCAAGUCUGGAACCACUCAGAUUACGGUUCUGGGCUACGGCAACACGAAUGGAGCCAGAUACAUGCUUCUGCCCAUGAACAUUGUGGGAGCUUGUAUUCUCCUCUCCAAGCCUAUGGGAGGCGGUGCGCUGGCCCUCAUGUUCUGGCAGGUCAUGUCGCUCGUGGAGAUCCUCGACCUCAACUCCCUCACGAACGAGGCCAUUGGUCCCAUCAUGCUUGGUGUCAUUGGCAACUUUGGCUACUUCAAGACGGGCCACCAGGCUGUCCUCAGCAGCAUCCAAUGGGACAGCGCCUUCAUCCCGCUCUUCUCAAUCCGGUACCCCUGGAGCCCCAUCGUCGUGGCUCUCAACACCUUUGGCGGCCAGAUCGUCGCGGUUGCGGCCGUCCCGCUCAUCGUGCUCUGGAAGGUCGGUCCUAAGAGAAAGGGAAUACUUGAGAGUGUCAGCAGAGCACUGGGCAUUUUCGUCGCCUACUUUGCUGUUGAGUCGCUUGCGACCAUGGCUUGGGCCGGGUGGCUGAGGAGACACCUCAUGCUGUACAGGGUGUUCUGCCCUCGCUUCAUGAUGGCGGCGGCCCUGCUCCUGAUUGUGGACCUGGUCGGCCUCGUUAUUACACUUAUUGGUGUAAGAUCCAACACGAUGGCCGUAAGUGAGGUCUUUGGUUGGGUUGAAUAA